GCAAUUGAUAUGGAUAGUUCAAGGCAAAGUUUUGAAGAAGUGGCAUUUGAUAUGAAUAGCCCAAAGCAGAGUUUUGAGGAAGCAGUGAUUGAUAUAGAUAGCUUAAGACAAGAUUUUGAAGAAAUAUCGAUUAACAAAGAUCAUGUAACUAGUAAAGUUGAUAAGCUUUAUGUUAGAAAAUCAUUCAUAUCAUGGGAAGAAGAUGUUAAAAAACAUAUUUUUCUUUGUCAACAUGCUAGAACUUUUAUCUCAAACAAAAAGGUUGCUUCUGAGAAUCAACGUAAUACAGAGUCAUGCAAAACAUUUUUAAAAGAUGAAUCAUUAGAAUCAUAUUCAUGGAGUUUGAGAAUGCUCGUUCAAGCAACUCAUUUAUCACCCCCAAUUAUGAUUAUAGAUACUGAUCCAGCUAUGGAUGCAGCAAUUGCACAAACAUAUCCCUUAACUUAA